UGCAGCGGCACGGGACAGCAGCACGCUCCAGUCGUCCUCGACGUCAUUUUCGCCGAUACAAGGAUCAAAUACAACUUCAACGAAUUCAGGAGAGCGAUAUUAUUUCCCUGUCUGUGACCUGUCUACUUGUGAAUAUGACCUCCUUUCCGUGCUGUCCGCUACCGUAACCAAUGGCAACAGUCCAGGCCCUGUCUCUGAACCACAGCGACCCCAGCAACAGCUUCGGCGGCGGCGGUUCUCCGUUCGCCGCCCUCCCCCUGGCCUCGGCCCGCUGCAUCAUGGGUAGCGUGGGCAGCCUGAUCGAGAGGCCCGACGGCGUCUCCGGCGUCUCCAUGCCGUCCUCCAAGGGUGGCGGCCAUCACGGCCACAGCAGCUGCGGGAACCGCGCCAUGCCCCAGGCGCCGCCCAGGAGCAGCCACCACCACUCCAACGGGCUGCUGAAGAAGGGAUUCAACCAGCGGGAGAUACUCAACUACCUGAACAUCACCAGGAAGGACAAGGACAAGCAUAAGCACAUCAUGUCGUCUGGAGUGAGCUCCUCGUCCACCUCCUCCAUCAACAAGAGGGAGCACAACGGAGGAGGGCGCGAGGAGGACGGCCUGUAUGCCAAGGUCUACCACAAGGAUGGCAAGGAGGUGGACAUCAGCAAGAACUCGCUGCCCAUGGGCGGAAAAUUCGACAAGUCACGCCUCAGGCCGUCCGCCUUCAAGCCAGUCACACCCAAGAACUUCAGCUCCAUGCAGAACCUCUACCCGGCGCGGGACAGGGACAGAGACGGCCCGGACACGGGGGGCCCGCCUCACAACGGCCCACGCCCGUCCUACGUCACCAUCGCCUCGGGGGCGUCCAAAUCCCUGUCCAGCGCGUCGUCCUCCUCUGCAUCGUCACCUUCCCGCCAUCUUGGAAAGACGGGCGGUGGGACGCCGCACCACCACCAGCAGCAGCAGCCACGUCACCUGAGCCACGAGGACGAGGAGAACGCGUCCGACUCGGGGCACCACUCGCUCAGCAGCCUGCUGCCUCCUUACCGGCCCCCCUUCCGGCCUCCACUAGGCCACAUCAGUAUAUCCAUGGGCCACAUCGACCACAUCGGCUCCCUGGAGCGCCGCUCGGCCGGCUCGCGAGGAGGCCUCUCCAACGCCACCGACAGCUCUCUGCCGGGGCCCAGCCACCACUCGGGGGCGGCCACGCUGGGCCGUCUCCGCGGCUACGGCAGCGAGGCCCCGCCCCCCUACGAGUUGUCGAUGUCCAUGGAGGACGUGGUGCGCGACCUGGAGGAGCGGCUGGUGGAGAAGGACCAGGAGCUGCGGCAGAUGAGGAGGAACCUGGACGAGAGCGAGGACGCCAUCGCACAGGUGUUUGAGGAGAAGCAGCGUCUGUGGGAGCGCGAGGUGGAGGAGCUGAAGAGGCUGUACGCCGCCAAGCUGCGGCAGGUCUCCCAGCAGGCCCAGCGCUCGCAGCGCACCCUGCAGCUGCAGCUCUACAAGGCCCAGCAGGAGAGGGCGCGCCUCCAGCAGGAGACGCAGGCACUCCGCGCCGAGAAGGAGAGCCGGAGCAGAGCAGCAGGAGGAGCAGGAGGAGCAGGAGGAGGAGGUGGAGGUGGUGGUGAGGGAGGAGCACUGGAGAACAACCCCCAGCUGGAGGAGACGCAGUGGGAGGUGUGCCAGAAGUCUGGCGAGAUCUCUUUACUGAAGCAGCAGCUGCGCGACUCCCAGGCGGAGGUGGCCCGCAAGCUGAGCGAGAUAUUCCAGCUGAAGACGGAGCUGCGGGAGGCGCGGGCGGACGCGCGCACCAAGGACGGCCAGGUGGAGGCACUGCAGCUGGCCGCCGUGCAGUCGGCUGCCGCCCUGCAGGCCGCCAGGGGUCGUUUGAAGGUCGCCAGCAUGGCAGGCAGCACGCAGAGCGUGGCCGGGUCCGCAGUCGGGGGCGGGGGUGCCAGUACCGAGGAGCGCCUGCGGGCGGAGCUGUUGCUGGAGCGGCGUCAGAACGAGGCGCAGGCCACGGCGUUCGAGUCCGAGCGCCACACCUGGCAGACGGAGAAGGAGAAGGUGAUCCGCUACCAGCGCGAGCUGCAGGCCAGCUACCUGGAGAUGUACCACAAGAGCGAAGCCCUGGAGAAGGAGCUGCAGCAUCUGAGAGGAGGAGGAGGAGGGGGAGGAGGUGGAGGAGGAGGAGGAGGAGGAGGAGGGAGCCACGGGGACCGGGGAGGGGGCAGUGGUGGAGGAGGUGGAGGUGGUGGUGGAGGUGGUAGUGUAGGUGGAGGGAGCCUGGACAGGCGUAUGGCCAAUCAGGAGGAGGAGGGAGAUUUCACGGACGAGGAGGAGCCGCCUUCUGGAGGAGGUCUGCCGUGGAUCGAGAGGAUCGAGUCGUCAGAGAUCUGA